CUGAAACAUUUAAUAGCAUCAAACAUGUCUCUCAGAGGUUUUAUAUUUUGCUGUUUGUUUGCUAUUAGCAUAGCACAAGAUGAGACUAAUAAUAAGCUUUUUCCUGAAGACUUCCUGUUUGGUGCAGCCACAGCUUCCUAUCAAGUAGAGGGUGCAUGGGAUGAAGAUGGCAAAGGGGAAAAUAUUUGGGAUCGUUAUACGCACUCUCACCCUGAAUUAGUUGUUAAUAAUGACACUGGUGAUGUAGCUUGUGAUUCCUAUCACAAGUACAAAGAAGACGUGGCUAUGUUGAAAGAAUUAGGCGUUGAUUUUUAUCGAUUUUCUCUAUCCUGGUCAAGGAUACUUCCUACAGGGUUUGUAAAUAAAAUUAAUCUUCCCGGAGUGACGUACUACAAGAACCUAAUCAAAGAACUAAAAGACAACGACAUCGAGCCCCUGAUCACCUUAUAUCACUGGGACCUGCCGCAACCCUUACAGGACUUAGGGGGAUGGACAAGUGAGUUCAUAGUGGAAGCUUUCGCAGAAUACGCGAAGCUAUGUUUCGAACUCUUAGGAGACGAUGUGAAAUACUGGCUAACAUUUAACGAACCCAAGCAAACUUGUCUAGGAGGUUAUGGUCAAGGAUCUGCUGCUCCAAGAAUUGCAUCGCCAGGAUUAGGAGAAUAUAUAUGUACUCAUCAUGUACUCAAGGCCCAUGCUAGGGCUUGGCAUAUAUAUGACCAAGAAUUUAGAGCUACACAGAAUGGACAAGUAUCAAUCACUAUUGAUACUAGCUGGUUUGAACCUGCUACCGACAGUGAAGAAGACGCCGCUGCUGCUGAGAGAGCAUUACAAUUCACUUAUGGAUGGUACGCAAAUGCUAUUUACAACAGCGACUACCCAGAAAUAAUGAAGACUCGCAUUGCAGAACGUAGUUUAGCUGAAGGCUUUAACCAGUCCCGUCUUCCAGCAUUCACCGACAAAGAAAUCACUUACAUUAGCGGCACUUUCGAUUUCAUGGGUGUCAAUAUGUAUACUUCGGGUCUAGUAGAAGCUGUGGAUGAAGUACCAAUCGGAGAACCAAAUUACGAUUAUGAUUUGGGUGUUAAAAGCUACCAGUCAGAUGAUUGGGAGUCGUGCUCCAUUUCUUGGUUGAAGGUUACCCCAUGGGGAAUACGAAAACUUCUAAACUGGUUAAAGGAGACAUAUAACAAUCCAGCAAUUAUAAUUACAGAAAACGGUAUCGCAGAUGACGGUUCCACCUUAGAAGAUGAUCAGAGAGUUCGUUACUACAGGGAUUAUCUCAGCAAUGUAAGAAGUGCUAUGGAAGAUGGAGUGAAUGUAAUUGGCUACACUGCAUGGAGUCUUAUGGAUAACUUCGAAUGGGGACAGGGUUACACGCAAAAAUUCGGGCUCUUCCAUGUAGAUUUUGACGACAUUAAUAGGACUAGGACGCCCAAAACUUCUGUGGCUUACUAUAAAAAAGUGGUCGAGACCCAUUGCUUAGUAGAUACCUGCGAGCAAUGGUACAUUUUAAGUGAAUUUAUCGCAAAAGUAGCCAUGUCUCUGAGAGGUGUUAUACUUUGCUGCUUGCUUGCUAUUAGUAUAGCAGAAGAUGAAACUAAUAAUAAACUUUUUCCCGAAGAUUUUAUGUUUGGUGCAGCCACAGCCUCUUAUCAAGUAGAAGGUGCAUGGGAUGAAGAUGGCAAAGGUGAAAAUAUUUGGGAUCGUUAUACACACUCUCAUCCUGAAUUAAUUGUUAAUAACGACACUGGUGAUGUGGCUUGUGAUUCCUACCACAAGUACAAAGAAGACGUAGCUAUGCUGAAAGAAUUAGGAGUUGAUUUUUAUCGAUUUUCACUAUCCUGGUCAAGAAUCCUCCCUACAGGAUUCGUAAAUAAAGUUAACCUUCCCGGAGUGACGUAUUACAAGAACCUAAUCAAAGAUCUAAAAGAUAAUGGCAUCGAACCCUUGAUCACCAUGUAUCACUGGGAUUUACCACAACCCUUACAGGACCUCGGGGGAUGGACAAGCGAGUUCAUAGUAGAAGCUUUCGCGGAAUACGCGAAGCUAUGCUUUGAACUCUUUGGAGACGACGUGAAAUACUGGUUAACGUUUAACGAACCCAAGCACACAUGUCAAGGCGGUUAUGAUGAAGGACGUGCUGCUCCAGGGAUUGAAGCGCCAGGGAUAGGAGGAUACAUAUGUGCCCACCACGUACUCAAAGCUCAUGCUAGGGCUUGGCAUAUCUAUGACGAAGAAUUUCGGUUUGCACAACAAGGGCAAGUGUCAAUCACUAUUGAUACUAGUUGGUAUGAACCUGCUACUGACAGUGAAGAAGAUGUAGCUGCUGCUGAAAGAGGAAUACAAUUCGACUAUGGAUGGUAUGCAAAUCAUAUCUAUAACAGCGACUACCCAGAGAUAAUGAAGACUCGCAUUGCAGAACGUAGUUUAGCUGAAGGCUUCAACCAGUCCCGUCUUCCAGCAUUCACUGACGAAGAAAUUGCAUACAUCAGCGGCACUUUCGAUUACAUGGGUCUCAAUUCGUAUUCUACAAAUACAGUAGCAGCCAUGGAUGAAGUACCAAUUGGGGAACCAAAUUACAGUUACGACAUGGGAGUUAAUACGCACUGGAACUCGUCCUCGGUACCUGGGUUUAAGUCAGUUCCAUGGGGCAUGAGAAAACUACUAAAUUGGUUGAAGAAGACCUACAACAAUCCAGAAAUUAUAAUUACAGAAAAUGGCACCCCUGAUGAUGGUUCCACCUUAGAUGAUGUUGAGAGAGUUACUUUUUACAGGGAUUAUCUCAGCAAUGUAAGAAGUGCUUUGGAGGAUGGAGUGAAUGUAUUUGGCUACACUGCAUGGAGUCUUAUGGAUAAUUUCGAAUGGUCACAGGGUUAUACAGUAAAAUUCGGACUCUACCAUGUAGACUUCGACAGUGCUAAUAGAACCAGAACGCCAAAAACAUCCGUUUCUUACUACAAGAAAGUUGUCGAGACCCAUUGUUUAGUGGACACUUGUGAGGCAUAAACAAAUGAUUACAUAUGUUGCCCCUAUUUUCAAAUAAAACUAAAAUAAAAUUAC